AUGAAGAUCAAAAAAUCAGAAUCAAUUUUACGUUCAGAUAAUGCAACUGAAGUUCCAGCGGGAGUUUUACUCGUCAAUCUUGGGACUCCUACAGCCGCAACACCAACGGCUGUUAGGAAGUUUCUCGCUCCAUUUUUGCGUGAUCGUCGGGUGGUUGAUGUCAGUCCUUGUUUGUGGCUACCUCUUCUCCAUGGCGUUAUACUCCCACUGCGAUGUUCCAAAGUGGCAAAGCGUUACCAAGCGAUUUGGAUGGAUGAGGGAUCUCCCCUCUUCGUUUAUAGUCAAAGACAGCAACAAGCUCUUGCAACUCAAUUGGGGCCAAACAUCCCAGUAGCCAUCGGAAUGUCUUAUGGAGACCCUUCAAUUGCAGCAUCUGUUGAUGCACUUUUAAGUCAAGGUGUCAAGCGCCUGAUUGUGCUUCCGCUCUUCCCGCAAUAUUGUAGUUCCACAACCGCAGCAGCAUGGGACGCACUUGCCUCAGCUUUGCGCAAUCAUCGAAACCUUCCAGAGGUUCGUUUUAUUUGCGACUACGCCACCCAUCCUCAAUUCAUUUGGGCUUUGCAAGAAAAGAUUGAGAGUUCUUUUGCCACCCAUGGAACGCCUGACAAGCUUCUAUUUUCGUAUCAUGGGAUUCUUCAAAAGUAUGUGCGUCAAGGCGACGAAUACCCUCAGCGAUGCCAAGCUACGACAGAUGCAGUAGCCAAUGGCUUGGCCUUGAAGCAGGAUCGUUAUCUCCUCAGUUACCAGUCACGGUUUGGUUAUGGAUCAUGGCUCGGCCCCUACACUGACAACGUUAUUUCUCAGCUGGCUAAAGAUGGAGUGCGUCAUCUGCAAGUCGUUACUCCUGGGUUCUCAAGUGAUUGCCUAGAGACCUUAGAGGAGAUCGCGGAUGAGGCACAGUCGCAAUUUCUGAAGGCAGGCGGUGAAAAACUUCACUACAUACCAGCACUCAAUGACUCCAAAUCCCAUAUUGAAUUGUUGCACUCCUUAGUGAUAGAGGAAUUACAAAGCUCACAGGAUAUUCAACAACCCAAAUUAUUUUAA